ACCGGCUCGACCACUGUAAAUGCGUCACAUUAUGGUAGAAUCGCUUUCUCGAGUAGUGAACCUCAUUGCAUCCCACCCUCAUAUUCCCCGCACACGAUGACGCGACUAACGUAUAUCAUUACUGCGAUCCUCGUACAUACCACUCACAUUACCUUUCUGUCGUUAUUCCACGGGAUUUCUCUACUCUAUUUUGGACUAGUUGGUCAUAAUACUCACAAAGCGCUCUCCUACAUUGCAGAUAGAUGCGUCAUUCACUGCAUACACAUUGGUUUUCUCAUACCGGUCGUUGGUGUUGACAUACUUUCAUGCGAUGCUAUCGUUAACAAUAUUCCUCGCAGCUUGGGGGUCUCGAUCCUUUUUGUGUACAAUUAUUCUCCGAUGCUCAUAUACACUACCCGAGUUAAGUCAAUUGCGCAAUUGGGAGCCUGAAUGGGAACGGAUCAACACAUAUCGACAGCCACAGGUGCUAACCUAGUAGUAUUUUAGUACGUCAUCCAGAACAGGUCCCCGCUUACGACAAGAACGAGCUUCCAUCACGAUUGAACUGAAGAACUCCGGAAGCGAUAUAGCCGGUCCAAUUAUAUUCCCCAGCGAUGUUCACGAGGCUGCCGGUGAUGGAGCUUUGGAGCUUCGCGAUGUCUGAUCGGAGAAAAUGUGGA